UAGUGACAUAGUAGGAGCCUCUAACAAAACUUAAGCAGUGGUGCUGUGAUGGAGGCGAGCAUUGUUGCAGACACUGGGCAGUCUGGUCCUCUGAUCGCCCUCUCCUCUUCCCCAUCUUCUCUGUCUCCCUCCUCUGCUCCGUCACGACCAUUUCGACCCAAACCUCCUCCCCCUCCCACUCCAAAACCAGCCCCACACCUACCCCGCUCUCCCUCUCUAUCGCCCCCUUUACCCCCCACAGUCAAAACCCCAUGCUUCAACCCUCCCCUUAACUUACCCCCUCCUCUGUCUCCCACCCCUGUAAAUCCAGUGCCUCCUGUCCAUGAUGCAUCCCCACCAACCAAAAUAUUUCCUAAGUCUGAUUCUUCAACUUUUGACCCUUUGAAGACCUCUGAGACUCCAGCUCUGAGCCUGACAGACAAGCUUGAACAGACCUCUCCAAUAUGGCGGCCAAAAGGACUAACCCAAGACCAAGUUACCAGCAUCUUGAAGGAGGAGCAACCUGGGGUGUUCUUGGUUCACGGCGCAGAGGAGAGGGGUGUGACGCUGUCUGUCCAAAAGUCCGACCAACACGACUCAGCGGUGCAGAACCUGACAGUGAAACAACACGGGGCAUUUCUCCAUUUGGACGGUUCCUUCCUGUUUUUUGAUGACAUCGUCAAACUCAUCUCUUUCUACUGUGUCAGCAGGGACAUCCUUCCUCUGUCGCUAAGGUUACCGCAGGCCAUCACCACGGCAACAAAAAGGGAGGAGCUCGAAGUCAUCGCCGCCACUGGAAAAAAUUUCUGGACAUCAGACCUGCAUCUUCAUUCUAAAAACGACUGCAGCGGCUCGGAGUGGAGCAGGACCUAUUUGCAUCUGAAUCCAGUUAUUGUUGAAGAAAAUCCAAUUACACCAGACAAGCCUGAGACAUGUACCUCCCCCAAACCUGAAGAAGCCACCUCCCAGAACACCACAUCACCCCUGCACAACGGAGAAACCCCCGAGAAGGUCAACCUGGGGGUCAAAGUUCACAGCAAUCCCCAUUUGGAGAUGAAAUAUAAACGUCCCCCUCCGCGACCUCCCAGUGUUUCGGGUGGGAUGGGUCUCCUGUUUUCACCUACACCAUCAUCACAAUCUUCGGCACCUGACAAAAAGGACGAAAUCAAAGAAAUCAAAGUAGCAGAAGAUAAAACCGAUAAAAAAUCCACUUCAAAUGCUCCGUCACGGCCUCCUAUGCCUCAGAACCGAGCAGGUCCGCCAGUCCCUCGCGCUCCCCUACGCUCCUCCAGGAAAAGCAGUGAUAGAGAGAGGGAAAAAGCAGAGGGGAUGGAGAGAGAGAAGGGACAUAAUUUGACAAAUGAAAAAGAGGGGGCAGCAGUCGGAGAGCAGGGAGAGGAGAGGAGUGAAAGAAUCAGGGCAGCAGCACAAUUGGAAAAAGAGAGCGGUUGCCAACAACAACGGGAAGAGGGGGAUGCAGAAAACGAUGCGACAGAGGAUAAACAAAAAUCUGGCACUUCUUUGUUAGUAAAGAAACCAAGUCGCCCAGUACCCCCACCGAGACGCAAAUCACAGACCCCCGAUUCUCCUCACUGUCCUACCCAGGCAGGAGCAGGGGGAGGAGGAGGAACAGAAGGGGACAGGUUGCCCCCUCCUUCUGCAGGACGCCGGCCCGAUGUGUCGCUAUACUCACCACAGGGGGGCGCUGUCUUGGUAAACGAUCCAGACUCAGCCUCCACGAGCAGCACUGAGGAAGAGGCAGAGGCACAUGAGCAAAGUCGUUGUGCAGAGAGCCGCAGCCCUAAAGCCAGAGUGAAGCGGACUCCAACCACAGUGAUACUCGGCCGAGCUCGUCACCGUUUGUCCUCAGUCCUGACCGGCCUCAUCAGCCACGACCGGCGUCUCACACAGAGGAUAGUGGAGCUCGCAAGGGACCCCUCCAGCUACUUCGGCAAUCUGGUGAAGGAGCACCGUGCCUUCACCCUGGAAACAAUGUCAAGGCAUGCCUCCUCCACAGAGCUGCUCCAGGAGAUCAGACAGAUGAUGACUCAACUCAAGAGCUACCUCCUGCAGAGCACAGAGCUACACAGCAUGAUGGAACAACAGCACCAGUAUGCUCAGGACAAACUGGAGAGUAUUGCAGAAGCUGCUCUGUGUAAGAGUGUGUUGAAACCUCUGAGAGAGCCCAUUUACCAGUGUCUGGAGAAACUACACAGUGACAGUGGCAGCCUGGAAAAACUGGCCCAAAAUCAAUCUACUGUCCUGAGCAGCACCACCACAGCUUUAGGAGUGACCACUGCUGUCCCCGAGGCUUCAGCCAUGGAGAAGAUCAGCCUCAAACUGAGUAACCUUCACCUCGAGUAUUCACCCCAGAGGAAGAUCGAGACGCUGCUCAAGACCUGUAAGAUCAUCUACGACUCUAUGGCUGUCAGCUCAUCUGGGCGGGUUCAUGGUGCAGAUGACUUCUUACCUGUGAUGAUGUAUGUUCUGGCCCGGUCAAACCUCUCCCAUCUGCAGCUGGACGUGGAGUACAUGAUGGAGCUGAUGGACCCAGCGCUGACUCUGGGAGAAGGCUCAUAUUACCUGACCACCACAUACGGAGCUCUGGAGCACAUAAAGACAUUUGACCAGCAGAGGUCAGCAACACGGCAGCUGAGUAGAGAGGUGCAGGACUCCAUCCACCGCUGGGAGAGAAGAAGAACCCUGAACAAGGACAGCACCACCCAGGCCUCAGUGCGGGACUUCCUGACCGUCUGCUGUCCGACUGUGGGAGAAAACCCGAAAACUCUGGGAGUGCUCCCGACAACCACCAUCGAGCAGCUUAGUGAACAGUGUGCCUCACGUUUCAAACAGGAAAUAGAGCAUCAACUAUCUGCCCCAGACUCCUACAUUCUCAGUGUGGUCACUGAUGAUGAGAAUCGGCCGCUGGUUCUUACUGAAGUGGCUCUAAGUGUGAAAAACAGCUGUACGCCCGGAGCCUACUGUUUCGUUUACCACCACAAAGAUCACCCAAUCACCCACCCUGCUCGGAGCGGACCCAAAGACCCUCCCCCUGCACCCCCACCCACUGCCCCCCCAAAUGUGCCGCCGCCAGUGCCUACUACAUCAAUGAUUCCACCCAGCUCAUGUUCUUCUCCACCAGUCCGACCACCAAAUGUGCCCCCUCCAAUGCCUACUACACUAAUGGCUCCACCCAGUACCCCACCACUUAUAUCAGUCCAAAAACCUAUGCAAUCCCCUGCUUCUCCACCAGUCCGACCACCAAAUAUACCCCCUCCAGUACCUACUACAUCAACGGUUCCACCCAAUACUGCACCACCUACUAUCCCAACCCCCAGCUCUCCUGUUUUGCCUACUCCACCAGUCCGUCCCCCAAAUAUACCACCCCCAGUGCCUACUACUCCAUCAAUUGUUCCACCCAAAACUCCUCCACCCAGUGUCCAACCAAUUUCUGUUCAAACGUCUAACCAUUCUCCAAUUCCUCCACCCUCCCGUCCACCAAAUUUGCCACCUCCAAUACCUAGUCUACCGUCCACACCACCAUCAAUUCCUCCACCUGUGCCUUCCCCUGCACACGUUUUAGUCCCACCCUCCGUACCCCCACCCUCUUCCUCAUCCUCUCCUUCACUUGUCCCAUCCGAUGCUGCUCCUACUCCAACCCUUCCUCCGAAUGAUUCUUCCCUGCCAGAGAGCACUUCUUUGGGGGACACCACAGCCACAGACCCUGGGAUGGAAAUCACAGAAGAGGGGGUCCUCAUCAGUCUUUAGUUAAAUCCAGAUCAAUUGUUUAUUAUAAGAUUUGUCACCAUUUCAUCAACCAUCAACCCUUGCCUGUGGAUAGUUUCAGUAAGGAGUUGUAAUCAAAAUCAACUAAAACAGAGCUAUAAUACUACAAUCUACAUUCACCUAAAGGAUUAUUAGGAACACCUGUUCAAUUUCUCCUUAAUGCAAUUAUCUAAUCAACCAAUCACAUGGCAGUUGCCUCAAUGAAUUUAUGGGUGUGGUCCUGGUCAAGACAAUCUCCUGAACUCCAAACUGAAUGUCAGAAUGGGAAAGAAAGGUGAUUUAGGAAAUUUUGAGCGUGGUCUAGUUGUUGGUGCCAGACGGGCCGGUCUGAGUAUUUCACAAUCUGCUCACUUACUGGGAUUUUCACGCACAACUAUUUCUAGGGUUUACAAAGAAUGGUGUGAAAAGGGAAAAACAUCCAGUAUGUGGCAGUCCUGUGGGCGAAAAUGCCUUGUUGAUGCUAGAUGAUGAAGACCCCACCGGGUACCACUCAUCUCCACUACAAAUAGGAAAAAGAGGCUACAAUUUGCACGAGCUCACCAAAAUUGGACUGUUGAAGACUGAAAAAAUGUUGCCUGGUCUGAUGAGUCUCGAUUUCUGUUGAGACAUUCAAAUGGUAGAGUCAGAAUUUGGCAUAAACAGAAUGAGAACAUGGAUCCAUCAUGCCUUGUUACCACUGUGCAGGCUGGUGGUGGUGGUGUAAUGGUGUGGUGGAUGUUUUCUUGGCACACUUUAGGUCCCUUAGUGCCAAUUGGGCAUUGUUUAAAUGCCACGGGCUACCUGAACAUUGUUUCUGACCAUGUCCAUCCCUUCAUGACCACCAUGUACCCAUCCUCUGAUGGCUACUUCCAGCAGGAUAAUGCACCAUGUCAUAAAGCUCGAAUCAUUUCAAAUUGGUUUCUUGAACAUGACAAUGAGUUCACUGUACUACAAUGGCCCCCACAGUCACCAGAUCUCAACCCGAUAGAGCAUCUUUGGGAUGUGGUGGAACGGGAGCUUCGUGCCCUGGAUGUGCAUCCCACAAAUCUCCAUCAACUGCAAGAUGCUAUCCUAUCAAUAUGGGCCAACAUUUCUAAAGAAUGCUUUCAGCACCUUGUUGAAUCAAUGCCACGUAGAAUUAAGGCAGUUCUGAAGGCGAAAGGGGUCAAACAUCGUAUUAGUAUGGUGUUCCUAAUAAUCCUUCAGGUGAGUGUAUAUUCACUGACAAGCGUGUUUCUGGUAAAAAGAAUCAACUACAAAUCAAAUACUUAUAAUCUGUUGGUAAGCUCCACUUUUGGCCCCUUUGCCCUCCACCAACACUCACUCACACCAAGGCAAGACAAGUUUAUGUGUAUAGCACAAUUUGUACACAAAGUGAUUCAAAGUGCUUUACAGAAUAAAAAACACAUUAAAAUCACAAUACACCAAAUCAAAAUAUAAAUAAUCAUCAUAAAACUGACAUUAAAAGAGAAAUGGGGGAAUUAAACCCUUUCACUCAUAUGCACAGCUAAACUGAACCAUUUGGAGCCUGGAUUUAAACAUUGUCAAAGUAGAGGCCUGUCUCACAUCUUCAGGAAGACUGUUCCAGGUUUUAGCUGCAGAAUACUCACAAACUGAUUCCCCUUGUUUAGUCCUGGUGUAGUCCUCAGAGUGUGAGAUGGUUCAUAUGGCUCCAACAUGUCGUAGAUGUAUUUUGGUGCUAGACCAUGGAGAGACUUGUACACAAGCAGAGCUGCACCACAUUCAUACGAGGCAUUGUAUGUGAAGUUUUGCCUAAGAACACAAAGACCACUGCCGCCCCACUGUGGCACUUGGUAUUGCCGGGGCCUCCCAUCCAAGUACUAACCAAGUCUGGCCCUGCUUAGCUUCUGAGACGUGUCAAGAUCAGGCUUUGACAAGAAGUUACUUCCAAUGAUUAAACAAAUGAUUUAACAUGGGACAAUGCAAAAAACAUGACUGUUGAAUGUGACAAAGACGUUUUAUAUAAUUCACUUUCACCUUGGGGUCAGGAACCCUAUGUACUGAAUCAAGCAUGUUUCUGUUACAUUUGUGCACUUUUUACCUUUUUAUAUAGUUUGCUUACAAAACUUGCUUUAAGUUUGUUGUGAUGCUAAAAGCUACAGCUAUUCGAUAAAGCCAGUAUAUAACCAAACAGUAUUACA